CAGUCACUUCGAAUCAAUUCGACCCACGAUUUCGCCUCGUAGACGGUCCUCCACGGUGCUGGCACACUCGCAAUCGUGCCUCAUAAGCUUCGACCGCAUUUCGUACACCUAACCUCGGCGCACCGCUCGCUCGCUCGCUCGCUCGCCGGGGGAUCAAAGUUGACGCGAUCGAAACAUCAGUUCACGCGGCGAUGUAAACCUGGGAACCACGUAGCCGAUUAUUCGACCAGCUUGUGCUUCGCAGUGUCUCUUCGCGAAGAGCUAACUGAAGAAGGAAAACAAAGAGAAGAAGACACAAUUCUAUUUGAAGACGAUUGAGGAUCAAACUACCCGACGAUUGGUUGCCGAUAGGAUGAUCGAGUGUAACCCGCGAGCAUGACAGAGAAUAGUUAUGAGGAUCCCGAAAGAUGACAAGCGACGAUAGAGCCGCAGAGUGCGUCGGUUCGAGUGAUCGCGGCCGUCAUCCUUGAGACAGCGUCGUUGCUCUGCCUGCGGGCGGACGACAGAGUACACCGGCGUAGAAAAAUCCGGCCGUUAUCGUUGUGGAAACAAACUAUUAGCGUAAGAUAGCAUUCGUACGGAGCUGGUGUGUGACAGUUGCUCCGGGAAAUAUGUCGGAGUUGGAGCGUUCGUGAUACAUUCCGUUCGGUGUCUCAACGAUCAACUCUGCCAGCGUCGAGCGGAAAUCACCUCCAUUCUCGCGAUCUGACGGACUACUCGAUACCGAGGACGAGCCGAAGGGACACGUGGCGGGUAACACCGGCAUCCGGGGCUCGUCAGAACCGUGCGCGAGUAACCGAAUGAUGAGAUCUAGAGGUGAUCGCAGAUCGGUCCCCGAUGAACGCGAACAUUAGCCUGCAACUCCUGUCCCGCGAGCCUGCCCAUGAAGCGAUCACGAUGGAGCCGCGUGGGAUGAUGAUGUCGAACCUAUCGUGCGACGGCUGCGCGGACAGCGACCGGGACUCCGACAGCAGCAGCAUGAUCGUGGACCCGGUGAGUCUCGACAAGAACGAUUUGUCACCGUCCCAGUCGUCGUCGAGCCCGAUAAUCCCGAGUUCCCCGGUGCCGGCCACGACCUCCUCGAGGAACCGCGGCGGCAGCCGCAGCAAAAAGAACUACAGCAUGAUGUCCGCGAACGGGCAGCAGAAGAACAGCUCGCCUAGUCAGGCGGCUACCUACGGGAACGACAAGAUGUCGUCGUCCGCGAUCAAACCCCCUUACUCGUACAUAGCGUUGAUCACAAUGGCGAUCCUCCAGUCGCCCCACAAAAAGCUCACCCUGAGCGGCAUCUGCGAGUUCAUCAUGUCCCGGUUCCCGUAUUACCACGACAAGUUCCCGGCAUGGCAGAACUCCAUCAGACACAACCUCUCCUUGAAUGAUUGCUUCAUCAAGAUACCCCGCGAGCCGGGCAAUCCCGGAAAAGGGAACUACUGGACGCUAGACCCUCUAGCCGAGGACAUGUUCGACAACGGUAGCUUCCUGCGUCGCAGGAAGAGGUACAAGAGGCCUCCGCCGCAUUACGUCCUCCGCGACAGGGCUAUCAUGGCUACUUUCGCUAUCUGCGGCGAUAGAGGACCUUGUCCCGGCGGCGGCGGCAGUCAUCCGGGCGCGCUGACUUAUCCCAGCGCAGCGUACCUGUCCCCGCCACCUGGACUGCCUCUGCUCGACUUCUCUCCUUCGACUCUGGAGGCCUUGAAGCUCGGAGGAUUCCUGGAGCCACCGCCUCCGCUGUACAAACCGGUGCCCAUCACCGCGCCACCCAUCAGGCAGAUGGACCCUGCGCCAGCGAGGACGCCGACGGCGAUGCAGACGAGUCACCCACCCGUCGACAAGAAGAGGAACUUCAGCAUCGACGCUCUGAUCGGGAAGCAAGCCGCGAACGAUCAGAACUGCGGCGGUCUGCUGGAUCUCAGCCCGACGGAGCACAGGGAGAUCAGGAGUCAGGCGUCCGCGUUCUCGCCUCUGGUUUAGAGGACCCAAGGGUAGGAGAUUUUCGAGUUUUGGUUCUGGCGAUCGAGAUUCAGUCUUCUGUGUCGAGAACUAUUUUCCCAUGCUCUGGGAACCCGGCUCGAGGACUGCGGAUGACGUUUAAGGGCUGCGAUCUUGGUAGACGAUUGCUUGGCUGCUGGGUCCAAGGAUUUUGAUCUCUUUCGACUCCGGAGAAAUUGCAUCGGGAGAUACUCGAUCGAAACGCUCGAUUUUCGUUGAUGUCGAGGAACCGUACAACGUGAAAGUAUAUAAGAAUUUGAGGAGGAUUCUGGGACUGAGAUUGAUUGGGAGAUCGGGACUCGAUUGCCAGUUUCCUUGCCUCGAACGAUUUCCGCGGUUUGUCCGUGAUCGGACUCGGAUAUCUGAUUAUGCGUUUCAACGCCACGAGGAUCGGAGACGAGUCCAGAAACCAGUGAAGAAAGUGAAACCGAUCCUGCAGGUAUCGAGCGAAAUAUUAGGCGAACAAGGACUCGCCGCGAAGUAAAUGAUUACCGACACGUACGUUUUGUGUAUAAAGACGCGGAUAGAUUUGAAUAAUUGUAAAAAAAAGAGCAAGUGUAGUGCAAUAGUGUAGUGGUUUGUUUAAUAUACAGAGAACACCCCCUCCUGUUCGUACCGGCCGAUCCCUAGUGAUUACCUGCGCCCCUUGGGAGCCAGAUUUUCUGUUCUCGUUUCUCGUUCUUCGUUUUUCGAGUUCGGUGGUUCUCGGUCUCCUGAACGGAGAAGUAGAUUCAUCGCGUCGGCUCGUUUGUAAACGAUCGAUUAAUAUCGGCACUGUAAAUACACACCCCCGGACAAACCUUUGCUCAGCUUUCUAUUGUUUACGUGAGAGUGAGUAAGAGAGAGAGAGAGAGAGAGAGAGAAUGUUGAAGCGCUAGAGAGAGAAAGAGAGAAUGAAAGGAAUAGAGAGAAAGGGGAGGUCAAUUCUUUUCGAAGGAUUUAAUGUAAAACUCGAGUCGUCGUGUGUUUUUGGUCAAAUAGACGUUUAUAGUGCACAUAGGGGACGAGUUGAAGGAACAUUUGUUAUUUCGAUCGAUCGAUGUUUUCGUACCUGUUUCAUAUGUAACGU